GGCGGGUCGGGCGGUACGCUUGACGACGCGCUCUACCUCUUCGGCGGAUUCGAAGACAACGGCGAGCGGUCGAGCCGCCUCGUUCAGUACAGCUUUGCGACGCAGAUGUGGCGCACGAUCGAGUGCAGCGGGAACGUCCCGUCGCCUCGCUGCGGGCACGCCUGUGCGAUCGAUGCGGCGAAGAAGGAGCUCUGGCUCUUUGGCGGCCAAGGCCCCGAGGUCGGCCUCAACACCAAGAACCUCUACGACGACCUCUCGAUCUUGGACCUUGCGUCCUUCGUGUGGCGCCGCGCAGUCGUCUCGUGCGCCGGCGCAGACGGCCACGCCAACUUUGUGCCGAUCGCGCGGCGCGGCCACAGCCUCGUCUACCACGACAACACGCUCUACAUGUACGGCGGGUCCGGCCUCGACCGGAUGCUCAGCAAAGACGCGUAUUUUGAAGACCUCCAGCGCCUCGACCUUGCCACCUUGUGCUGGUACGAGCCGGCGAUGACGGGCAGCUCGCCGGGCCCGCGCUCGCACCAUAGCGCCAUCAUGCUGCAUGGCACGAGCUACAUGCUCGUGUUUGGCGGUCAAACGGCCAAGACAACGACAACGCUGCCGAGUCCGGAGCGCCCGCGGAGCGAGAGCCUCCCGCCCGACACGGGCUUGGCCAACAACCUAGUGUACGCGCUCGACGUGCGCACGUGUCAUUGGCACGUCGUUGCGCCCUUGGACGGGACGCCGCCCAGUGCGCGGUAUGGGCACGUGAUGCAGCAUCACCCGAUCAACCCGUGCUGCCUCUUCCUCUUUGGCGGCAAGACGUACCGCGGCUUCGACGACGGCGCGAUUCACUGCCUCGACCUCGAGCUCCAGCGCUGGUCGACGCUCGCCAGCGUGCCGCCAAUCCCGCCGCGGAUACGGCAUGUGUUUAGCAUCUAUAAGGACCAAAUGAUGAUCUUUGGCGGCUGUGGCGACAAUGGCCUCUGCAUCGGCGACGUCUUUACGGUCGAGAUGCCGAUGUUGCACAAGCCUCAACCACGGCGGCUCUUCUUCGAGCCCGACAAAGUCGACGACGACGCGUCGAGUGCGGCGCUGCCGUCGCCGCGCCCGCACACGAUUGCUGGCUUCAUGGGCUUCAAGAGCUUCCAGUUCACGCCCGCGCGACCAGAGCUCCCGCGAAGCAUGAUCCGCGUGAGCCCGAUCAAGGUGGCCAAGCCGCCCGCAACCGCCAAGCCGUGGACGUCCGUGGGGCUGUGA